UGUUACGAAAAAUAAUACAUCGGGUCCAAGGACGGCAACGUCGGAAGACUAGAUAAUAUAUACACAAACUUGUAUGGUACGAAAAAAAGCAUGUAAACACUAAACGGACAGAAUAAAUCGAGCGUUGUUACCGGGCAGGUAGUUUUUAUUGAGAGCUCCGAAAAACAUCGUGUCGUGUGAGAAAAGACGUAAUAUUUCAGAAGGUGGGAUAGAACUUACUGAAUAUUGAUUAGUUGUGACGGGUUAAUAAGUUAUCGUGUUGCUAAGUACUGUGUAUAGACUUAGUGCAAGAUGAGUGACACUUCAAGUGAGGAUGAUAAUGAACAAUCUGGACUUUAUGUGUGUGCUCCAACAAAAAAACGGAAGAUCGAGAAAACUGUUGACAAGCUUGUGGCGAAAAAAGUGAGUAAAAUUUUGAGUCAACGUAAUUUCAUACAGAGCACUGAUUCAAAAUACACCGGGAAAGCAGAUUUGAUACCAGAGUUUGAUCCAGAAAAAUCAGAAUUCACUGCCAUAAAUUGGUUACAUAAGAUUGAACAAAUUGGAAUGAUUAAUAGUUGGAGCGAUGAACAAAAAUCAUUAUGCAUGCAGUCUCGCCUUACAGGAUUGGCAAAAGUUUGGUAUAACGGGCUAACAGACUACAACUUGAAUUGGGACGAGUGGAAAUUGGCCAUUUCACGUGCCUUCCCUGCACAUACAGACUACGUCAACUUGCUAAAAAAAAUGUUGGCGCGAAGUAAGAGUAAUGAUGAGAGCAUGAUGCAUUAUUUCUAUUCGAAGAACAUGCUGGUAAAAAAAUGUGGACUAGUGGGGACUAAUGCAGUUUCUUGCAUAAUUGAUGGAUUACCCAUACCACUGUAAGCUAACGCCAAAGCGGGGAACUAUGAAUCACCAGACGAGCUGUUCUACGGGUUCCUUAGCAAAGUAGAGAGUUUUCGCGAGUCGCCAGCUAAGAGAAUGGGUACCACAGAAAAUUUUGAUCUUCAACCUAGUACAUCUGGACAAUUGACAUUUAGGUGUAUCUUAUGCAAGAAAGUAGGGCAUAAAGCCCGACAUUGUUUACUUAGAAGAUCGAAUCAGGCGACUAGUAGCAGUACUCCAAGGAGCAGUGAUCAAGGUACCCGUUGUCCUGGUUGCGGAAAGAAGGGGCACACGGAGCAGCUGUGUUGGUCCAGAGUCAAGCCGACAUGUUCGAGUUGCGGUAAAAUGGGACAUAAGGACCAGGACUGUUGGAAAAGACCGAGUUUGACAUCGACCUGCACCACCUGCGGGAAAAGAGGACACCUAGCUGAAAACUGCUGGACUAAGGAACGGGGGGAGCCUAAGGAUGUCAGAAUUUUAGAAUUUUGCAAAGGCAAGUGCACAAUUCUUUCUAUAAUAUAGCCAUGGAAAUUAAUGGUCAACAUUUCAAUGGGUAUAUUGAUACUGGUAGUCAAUUGAAUGUUGCUAAUAUUAGGGUAGCCAAUAAACUCAAUUUAAAAUUGUAUCCGACUGAUAUAAUACUGAGGAAUUUCAGUGGCUCCCACAUAGUGCCAGAAGGAACCAGUCAGGUAGAGAUAUCUAUUGGCAAGAUUUUUAUGACUACGUCUUUGGUAUUUGCAAAUGUUGAAAUGUCCUCAGUUGAUGUUAUUAUUGGACAACCAAUUAUAAAUAGCGAAAAGGUGACUUUGAAUGUUACAGGUGGUCAUAUACAAUUAAAACCAGCUGAAGAUAAUUUGUUAGAAAUGUUUAGUUUCCUAGAUAAUAUAGAAAAAUUGCCUAUUGAAGUUUUCGAACAUGUACAUAUUCCUGCUCUAAGUUCUAAGAGAAUAUUGGUUGCUUUAGAUAAUACCCACGAUAUUGUUAUUAUAAGUGGUCAGCUGUUUACUGGUUCCCAAAAUUGUUCUAUACAAGGUUGUAUUAUUAGUGGACCAGUUCAAACGUUAAAUGUCAUAAAUUGGGGUAAUAAACCUAUAUGUUGGGACAAAGGACAAAUUUUAACAAAGGGGUUCAAGCUAAGUUCCUCGACUAAAUUUCCAGUCAUAGAAGAAGGCAAUGUACUAAGCACUCUAUCGUUACAAAUGGAUAACAUAAUUUGUGGAAAUUUAUCAGAAAAUGAUAGAAAUAAGUUGUAUGAUCUUUUACAUAGCUUCAGCAAAUGUUUUGCAACUGAUACUCUCGAGUUAGGUAAUAGUAAAUCAGUAGAAUUGAAAAUAGAUUUGUUAUCUGACAAACCAAUCAUUCAUAGGCCCUACCGCUUGUCUGAAUUUGAAAGGGGGAUCGUCCGAGAUAAAAUUAGUGACCUCUUGGAAGGAGGUAUUAUUAGAGAAUCAUCAUCUAACUACUCUAGUCCAAUCGUUCUUGUAAAAAAGAAGACCGGAGAUUACCGUUUAUGCGUUGACUAUAGAAAAUUAAAUUCUAUCAUGGUGAAGAAUAAUUAUCCACUACCACACAUAGAAGAUUUGAUAUCCAGGCUACAAAACAAAAAGUAUUUUUGCAGUUUAGAUAUGGCCCAAGGAUAUUAUCAAGUGCCUGUGGCAUCUGAUUCCAUUAAUAAAACUGCCUUAGUAACGCCUGACGGUCACUAUGAAUUUGUAAGAAUGCCUUUUGAGAUCGCUAAUGCUCCCGGCACAUUUCAAAAAAUGGUAAAUAAUGUAUUGGGAAAUUUGAGAUAUGAAACGGUCGCUGUUUAUCUCGACGACAUACUGAUCCCGUCAGACACUGUGGAACAGGGAUUGCAAGUUUUACGACAAGUUCUUGAAUUAUUUGCCAAAGCCAAUUUAAAAUUGAAUAUAGAUAAGUGCUCAUUUUUCCAGACACAAAUAGAUUUCCUUGGAUAUGAGAUUUCGGAACUAGGAAUAAGACCUGGUGAUCGAAAAGUUAGAGCAGUAGCAGACUUCAAAGAUCCAACAAAUAUACAUGAGCUACGGCAGUUUUUGGGACUCAGUUCCUAUUUCCGUAAGUUUAUAAAAGAUCAUGCAAAAAUUGUCGCUCCACUUACAACAUUGUUACGAAAAAAUGUGCCGUGGUCUUGGGAAAGUGAGCACAAACAAGCUGUUAGUAAAAUUAAGGAUAUACUUAUAAAUAAACCUAUUCUCAAAAUUUAUGACCCUGAAGCAAAGACUGAACUACAUACAGACGCAUGUAGCAAGGGCAUUGGAAGUAUGCUCCUACAGUAUGAGGGAGCUACGUUAAAACCGGUAUAUUACUUUAGCCGAUCAACAUCUCGUGAUGAAAAAUUAUAUCAUUCAUACGAGUUAGAGACCUUAGCUGUUGUUGAGUCAAUCAAAAGAUUUAGGGUCUAUUUGACAGGGAUACAUUUUAAAAUAGUCACAGAUUGUAGUGCAGUUAGGGGUACUUUUGAGAAAAAAGAUUUGCUACCUAGGGUUGCACGAUGGUGGUUGAGUAUCCAAGAUUUCGAUUUCGAAAUAGAACACCGUCCGGGUGAUAAAAUGAAACAUGUGGAUGCUCUAAGUAGAAAUCCAGUGGGCGAUGUACUUAUUAUGGACGCGUCUGAUUGGGUUUUAGCAUUACAACAGCAAGAUGAAAGUAUACGGAUAAUAAAAGAAAAGUUAGCCGCAGCAAAUGACAAGGACAUUUUAAAUAACUAUAAAAUAAGGGAUCAUAAAUUGUAUCGUAAGACGUUGGAUGGUAAGCUUAAGCUGGUUGUUCCAAAGUCUGCGCGAUUUAACAUAUUGCGGAAAUAUCAUGAUGAUAUCGGCCAUGUAGGACUAAAACGAUGCGAGGCAAUCAUCAAGGACAAAUUUUGGUUCAAAAAUAUGACUAGAUUUAUAAAAAAAUACGUAACUGCGUGCCUAGAUUGUCAGUAUAAAAGGGGACAAUAUGGAAAACAACAAGGACAACUCUUUCCCAUAAGUAAGCCGUGCGAACCGCUUCAUACAUGGCAUAUUGACCAUUUAGGCCCAUUUGUUAAAAGUGAUAGGAGAAAUUCAUAUAUUCUCAUGAUAAUUGAUUCAUUCGCUAAAUUUGUAUUUGCUAGACCGACAAAAACUACAAAGGCUAAAGAGGUUAAUGAACAUUUAGACGAUUUAUUUAGUAUGUUCUGGACUCCCAAAAGAAUAAUUUCAGAUCGUGGAAAAGCUUUCACUAGUAAAGCGUUCAAAUUAUUUUUAAGCCAGUAUCAAGUUAAACAUAUUUUAAACGCUAUAGCAUGUCCAAGAGCAAAUGGGCAAAUCGAAAGGUAUAAUCGAACAAUAUUAAACGGGAUAAAUACGUCUAUAGAAAAUGAAAGUGAUUGGCAGAGAGCUCUUCCUAAAGUUUUAUGGGGUAUUAAUAAUACAGUGAACGAUACUACCGGGUAUGCGCCACACCUUUUAAUGUUUGGUUAUGAAAAAAACCGUCAUGCUGAUCUGGGAGAUAAUGAGUUUGAGGUCCCGCCCGAUGCUAAGCGAAAGGCAAAAGACAGGAUGGACAUACAGGCAAAUAAAAUGAAAAAACGUUUCGAUGAAAAGCACACGCCUACAAAGUCAUACAAUAAGGGUGAUCUUGUAUUAUGGUCAGGGGCGAAUACAAAUCAAAAAGAAGUUAGUAGGAAAGUAGGUUAUCAAAAGUUUGGUGGGCCUUAUAAAAUCAAGAAGGUUUUGGGAAAUGAUAGAUAUGAAAUAACAUCUUUGGACGGCUUGAAGGGGUAUAAGAGAUUUAGAGCUAUAGUAGCUGCGGAUAGCUUGAGAGAAUGGAAAGGUGGUGUCGUUGAUAUUACAGAAAGUGAAAGCGAGGUCAAUAGUACAGAUGAGCUGAUUGAUUUGUUAGAAGGUUAGUCUGUAAGGUAUAGAUAUAUUUAUAUGUCCUCUAAUUAUCAUGUAAUAAAACUGGUUACUGGAGUUGCAGUGUUAUUGUGAAUCAGUGGUAGUGUGGUAACCGAGAUCACACUAGAUGAAAGGUAGCAUACAUAACUAUAUGUGUGGUAACACAGUUCACACUAUCGAAGAUAGCAUGAGUGUGGUAACAAAGUUCACACCAAUCUGAUAGAUUUAAUAAGUGUGGUAACUAAGAUCACACUGUGAAAAAAAAAUACACAUGAAGUGUGGUAACUAAGCUCACACAUUAAUACAGGUAUAUAAGUGUGGUAACUAAGAUCACACUGUGAAAAAAAUACACAUGAAGUGUGGUAACUAAGCUCACACAUUAAUAAAGGUAUAUACCUAAGUGUGGUAACUAAGAUCACACUGAAAAAAAAAAUUAUGAAGUGUGGUAACUAAAGUCACACUGGCUGUGAGUGAACAAUGCUACAAAUUCAUCCACCCUGUAAUAGAUUUUGUAGUAAAAUGGUACUGUAUUUUGUUUCUUUCCUAGGGCUACAAAUGACAAUCAUGGGUACUAUACCACUGGCGAGGACACCAGAGGGUCAGGAAGGCCGAUUGUUACGAAAAAUAAUACAUCGGGUCCAAGGACGGCAACGUCGGAAGACUAGAUAAUAUACAUAUACACAAACUUGUAUGGAGGUGUAACUGCGGGCACCAGUCAAGACGUUGAUAUAUCAUUGACCGAUGAAGAGAAUCAAAUACCUUUUUGUGAUGAUAAAGAAUUAAUGGCUAAAUUACGAAAGAAAUUACUACUUCAACAAAUCAACACUGCCGCAGCUCAAGAAAAAGCUGCUAUAGCUCAAGAAAAGGCCGCUCUAGCUGUCGAAAGGGCCGCAGGAGCUGUAGAGCAAUUCGUAGAAGAUUACUUUGCACGACAACAGGCGAGCUUUUGAAUUCAUUUGGAUUCAAAAAUACCUACUGAUUAAUAUGUUUUUUUUUGUUAAAAG